AUGACAAUGGAGUCCUGUCCCUUCGAGGACGUCGAGAUCGAAAUGACCGUCACAUUCUCACGAGCCCAUCUUUCUGGCAUGAUGGAAGAUAUGGAGCAGAAUAAAUGGCUCACAGGGACACGUCGUGAUCUUGGUGGUCUUGAGCUUGUCGAAGCGAAGGACACUGACACUUUCUACCUCAUGACGACCAUAUCUGCAGAAGACUACCGGGAGGGAUCGGCUAAGUUCUCUCUUGAAAGCCCUUGGAUUCAACCCGUCCGAUUCGUGUACAAAUCCCCCGGUCACCUCCAUCUCUUGAGCCCGAUCUCGAGCUGUUGCCAUCUCCUUGGCCGCGUCCAGAGGUGCCGCCGGGUGACCAACAAUAAGGCUCAGCUAUACACUGCACAGCUUGUAUGUGCACUGGAAAGCCUGCACGACUUGAAUAUAAUCGGCUUGCUCAGCUCCGAGAAUAUCCUCUUGGAUGUGUUUGGUAACAUCCGUAUCAUCACCCCGAGGCUGUUCACGACCGACCAUAGUUGCUGCCUCGGCCAAAUGGCACAUACCGCUCCCGAGAUUCUGAGUGGUGAUGGACCGUCUCAACUAACGGACUGGUGGAUAUUGGGGAGCUUCCUUCACGAGAUUCUGACCGGCUUGCCCCCUUUCUAUCACCAAGAUCCGGUAGAGAGAGAUCGCAAGAUCCUCAUGGAGGAGUUGGACGUGCCCACAUACGUCCAGUGCGUCACAGCAGAUAUUUUACGACGCCUGCUGAACAAAAACCCAACCCAGCGCUUGGGAGGAGUACAUGGUGUAUCAGAGAUCAAGGAACACGACUUCUUCGUGGGUCUCGAUUGGCAACAUCCCAGCGCUGGCUGUUCUGAACUAAGCCCUUUUCAACCACACGAUGCCAAGAACAUCCUCAAAAAUUCACCUUUCAAGGGCACUACCCAACCGCCUCGAAAGUUUCGCGAGUCCGGGGGUUAUGUGUACGAGGAGUACCCAUAUGGUCAACUGGCCAACGGCCGCAAACCCGAACAGACUAUAGGACGUCUGCGAAGCUCGUCUGAUAUCUUCAACCGGGCAGACUCUGAAUGUGAGGGCGGCGAGCCCGAAGCAAUCAUGGCACGGCUCAAGGCGGCGUUACAGACGAGGCAAAGCACGGAGAAAGUCGCCCGUAUUCUCGACGGCUGCGCCAGUGACGUACUAGCAACCAUACUCAUGUCUCCCAUCCUCCUCGUCAACAUUACACCCAUCGAAACGAUUGCGCCCAAGACAUUGUUGUGCGAGGUCCCGAUCAUAGCGCUUGAAUGGGCAGUGGAGCUUGGGCGUGCGGACCUGGUCCUCCUCCUCCUCGACCGGGGUGCGGAUCCUAAUCGUACCUUCGACGAGAGGUACGGCCCUGCGCUCACCCGGGCAGCCAGAGAGCGGAGGACGCAGCUCGUGGACAUUCUUGCCCCCAAAACGAGUCGCAUUCUCGCGCUAAAAACGCUCUGCCUGGCCGUCGAGCAAAAGGACAUACCCACAGUCACAUGCCUUCUUUCCCGCGGCGUCCCCUGCGACUUCGACACCACAGACCAUCCCCUGCCGCCCCCGCGGACAUCCCACUACGAUUUGCACCUCUGCGGCUAUGAGGACUCCCCAUGGGGCCCGAGUUGGGACUUUGUUGUCCCCCCCGUCGUUCGCGCAGCGAGACACGGCGACGCGGCCAUGGUUCGCUUGCUGUUGAGCCACGGCGCGGACCCUAACACUGCGUAUCACUCAAUGACCUGGCUAGCGCCGGAGUGGCACGCUUCCUGGCAGGAGGCGGCGGAGCACAGGGGCUCAUGGAACUUUGGCUUCGUGUGUGGGCGGGUCGCGCAGUUGGCGACGCAGCUUGAACACCGGGACGUGGUCGACGCGCUGCUGGAAGGUGGUGCGGAUAUCGGGCUUCCCCAUUCGGAGUGGCCCGGACCAGCACACUUUUGUCCCACGGUCCCGCGGAGCGUGUAUCUCCGGGUAACGGCUGGGCUGGAGGAGGCUGCUGGAGGCCGGGGCGGGUAG